CCUAAGUCAAAAUUUACUUUCAGAUGUGCCACACAGUCGCCUCGACUGAAAAUAUAAACUAUAACAAAAAAAGAUAGAAAGUGUGGAUGGCCAUUUGUCAAUUUAAUGUGUCUGGCUUCCAGUCUCCUCCAUUUACCGCUAUUUUUAGAUUUACAAAACAGCUCAUUUUGCUUCUUGUUCUUGCAAACUGGUGUUUCUUACCAUAUUAUGUUAAUGUUUUAUCUUAACUAUCAACACACUGGUUUUGUCAGACUCUGCUCCGUGUUUUGUGUGUGUUUUGCUCCUUGUGUGCCUUCCUUGCCCUUAUUUGGUUUUACUGUUCCUGUCCUCGUUCAGUUCUAAUUUUCAGGUGUAUGUCAUUAGUUAUCUCAUAAGCUUCUGUCCAUUUAAACCCUGUGUUUCCGAGUGUUUCCUGUUGGCUCUUAAAUGUCUUCUGAGUUCCUGAGUUUACCCAUUGUUAAUUAAAUUCCAUGUUUAAAGGAUUGUCCAGCAUCUCCUUGUUCCUUGUACCUCGUACCUUCCUCCCUGAGGGAAACGUGACAGGUGAUACUGCAGCAUUGUUUGGAAAUUGUGCUGGGAUUCUUGAUGCCGUAUGGGCUGAUCAUUAGCAGUUACAUGUGUAUCCUGUGCAGAAUUCGAAGGACGCGGUUUCGUAGGCACAUCCGAAGUGAGAAACUCAUAAUGCUUAUCGUCAUCACCUUCGGCUUGACCUGGCUUCCUUUCCACACCAUGAAUAUGGUGGAGAUUGCAAGGACUUUUCUCGCAGAAGAUUCCCAUGCAAAAGCCAGACUAGAUCAAAUCUGGGUUUCAUUCCGAGGCCUUAGCUCCACUAUCACCUUCAUCAGCAGCUGCAUAAACCCUGUUCUCUACACCUUUGCUGGAAAGUCAUACAUUAAACGUGAAGGUCUGGCCUUCAUGGCAAGGCUCUUUGAGGGCUCAAGGAUUGAGUCCAUUAGAAAGAAUCAGCAGAAUCAGCAAAAUCGGGAUCAAGAGGAGAAGGAAGAGGUUGAUCAUCUAAAAGACAUAAUCUGAUUUAACUUGCUUGAAUGCCGAUUUAAACAUUUGAAAAAGGGGAAGGGACAAGUUGGGCUUGUUUUUGGGUCUUGGUAUUUUUCUUUAUUUGUACAGUUAUGGGUUAGACUGAAUGAUGCUGUUGAUGUCAAACAAAAGGAUAAGUUCACUUAAGUGAAUUUAAAGAACCACUUUCUUUAAGAUACUUUAACUUUGUUUGAUAAUUUGUUAUAUAAUGCAAUUAAAUGUUCAACUGGCUCAAGUUUCCAAAUAUUUUUUUGGGGUUAAUGUAAAUCUCAAAGAGUUGGUUUAGGUUUUGUCAAGUAGAGGGCACCACACAACAGAGAGACAAAGGCCUAUGCAAACAACUCAGAAAGAGUCUAGUAGUGCAGUGGAAAUGGUUGUAAUUGUUAU